UAUAUUUGUACUUACUUAAGUAGGUAACUUCAGUGUUUACUUCCUGUACUCCUGUUGACCGACUCGAAAUGCAUCUUCAAGAAUCAAGAUCCAAGCUGCAAGCACCCGUCUACAAUUGAUUACUGAAGAGAUUUCGAAACGCCUAUAGUGUCUUGCCCAGAUACUAUUUUCAAAGUGACGCUUGUCUCUUAUCUAUAUAUGCACAUGCCUAACCGGACAAGUGAGGAGCCUGAUCCUCCUACUCCCGAUGAGAUCAAUAAGCUUCGGGAUGAGCUACGUUCUCUGAGCUUAAAUGAGACCAGCGGCUUGGAUGAAGACGCGAUUGAAGAACUUCUUUCCUUGCCACCUACUCUUUUCUUCGAAGCCGUCCGGAACCUUGCUCUCGCGUUUGGGCCCCUGUCAACCUUCCCGGCCCUCGAUAACCCAUUCGGUGCCGUUGCUCCCCACGAUACCCCGCCAUCCAGGCGACCAAACCCUGUCCUUGAUGAUGGUGUAAGCUCUCUAGAAGAUGCUGUGGCUGCACUGGAUGGCUACAAUAAACUGCUCGAAGAGAAGGUGGCCAAGUUCCGCGUUCAGUCCUCUCGUAGUCUUGCUACCCUAAAAGAAGCUUCUGAGUCAGACCACGACACCAGGGCUAUAAAUGAGAUGAUUAAUGAGACAAGAUUACGCAAAUUACAUCAUAUGCAAGAGAUUGAUUCCAUAAAGAAGACUCUUGAUUCGUACGAUGAGAAAUAUUCUUCAGGGCAUAAGGAGUAUAACACUGCAUUCUGGCGCGAGAUUCUCCUCCUCAACUCCCACAAUCCUUCCUCAGAUAAGCAUAACUUACCAGCGUUGACGGACACGUCAUUCUGGAACGAGUAUGACUAUAUGCUUCAAAAUAUCCAGCGAUGGAGAGAUCUAGUUGGUACAGACUCUUCUAAAGCAGGUGAAGCUACUAUCAAUCGUGCCGCACAGCUCACGAAUGGCCUCGUUUAUGUAAUUACUCGCCGCUGCGAGACACAAUUAGCCACUGUUUUCUACGAAAAUCUCAUAAGUAGUCUGAGACAACCCGGAGAGAAAAAGAUAGAACAUGACGACGCAGCGGACAUCAUUAAGGACAUAGAUGAGCUUUGGGAAGAAGUUGUUCCUGUAGCGGACAUGUCUGUCUCUGCUCAAUUUCUUCGGCCUAUAUUCACCCUGUACAACGAUUGGGAAUCUUCAAAGAACUCUCGUAUUGACACCAUGACAACUUACGCUACCGGGGUCAUGAGGUUCAUGAAUGACAGGCUAGAUGUCGUUGCCAAGCGAGCCCAGGCUCUUGUUCACCAUCAACAGGCGCUGCAUAAAGUCGCUUCGCUGCGUCGACAUGAUGAGAUUUCAAGCGCAACUGCGACGCAAACGUCACACAUAUUAUCACAUAAGCCGCCGCCGGUAUCCGAGAAGGCCCCCCAACAAGAGGAUUUACAGGCAUAUAUGCAGCUUUACGGUGUAGUCCCUACGCAUGCCGAUGACCCCUCUUCAAAACCAACUCCAUCGCUACUGGACGAAUACGUGCAAAACCGUGCUCAUAAAGGCGACGUCCUUCUUCAUGACCUUCACAGAAUAUUCGAAAAGGGCGCUAAAUCGAGCUUGACGGAUCGAGAACUCGGUGGAGAGUUAUUACUUGAGUCACUGCUUGCCGACAGUGCUGCUCACCCUACAAAGCCAGGAAGCGUAUACAAGGACACGCAACUAGAGGGAUCGAUAGAAAUGCUUCAAGAUCAGGCAGAACAGGUCAAAACUAUUUUCAACGAUCUGAAGAUGGACGGCCCGGCAUCGGCCCCAGAAUACGUGGCUCAAGCAUACCGACAGAUAACUGAUCAGCUCAAAGGCAAGGGAAGUCCGAAGACAGACUGCCCUAAACUUGAGGAGUUCCUACAGAAGUGGGGUCAUUAAGAAGUGGAAUUUGGGCGACCCCUUUUUUGUUAAGCUACUACUUGAUGAUUCUGUAUGAAUGUUCGUGAUACCCAAUUGAGCGAAUCGACUAAGCUUGGGCUUGCUGUCUUUAUUUUGCCAUGAUAGUAUAUGCUGUGAUUGGGCCCCUUUCGCAAGUUGAACUUGCUAGUUUCUUGGGGUGUGCUCUACAAUUGAUCAAAUAACCUCUGC